AUGGUGACCGGAGUGGAAACAGCUGGACUCGUCCUAGGAGCCAUUCCCAUCAUCAUAUCUGCCCUCGAGAACUAUGAGAACUUGGCAGCUCCCACACAAGCCUUUAUUCAUUGGAAACGGCAUUUGCGAAGGUUGAUCCGGGAGCUCUAUACAAUACACACAUCUUACGACCAAGCCGUUCGUCUCCUACUGAAGCCAUUUGCCGACCUCACAGACCAAACCACGAUGAUGGAGGAUUCCCGAAGCGCAUUGUGGAGAGAGGGAGACAUUGCUGACAGUCUACGCGAUAAGUUAGGACCGGUAUACGGCCCAUUCAUUCUCACCAUAGAUGAAGUGUCAGAGAUCCUGGUCGAGAUAGCGGCUUGCCUCAAUAUCCCUGGUUCGCAGCAGGUUUUCACAAGCAAAAACCUCCUGCCAGUCGUCUUUUCGAACUUGCAGAUCGCGAAUACUCCGUUCCUUCACAGGAAUUUCGAAUUCAGGCAGAGGAUCAAGUUUACCAUGAAGAAAAACCGUGUAAAGGCCGCGCUCGAGCGUUUGGAGGCUUGUACGAGGAUGAUUGAUGCCUGGACCACUAGAGCCGACAGGAUGCAGGAUGAGAUACCGCAGAGUCGUCUGAAGCUGAAAUUUUCUGCAUCCUUGGGUACCAUCCAAGAGAACGCGACCAAAGUACAUCGAGCAAUUUCUCGAACCUGGUGUAACGACAACCCUGUCCAUGUCGCUCAUCUGCUCCUUGAGCAACGGCUGGUAAGGUCAAAGAAAAGGAAGAGGCCUCUGCAAACUCUUCAAGCAGCGAGCUCGAACUUGGUGGCGCAGGCGACUUCUUUCGGACUGAGUCUUCGUGGGGACUGCAACGCGUCUUCUCAGUGGUUGAAUUCUGAAAUAAGGAUUGAUGAACUUCCGUCCAGAAGCGCUGGGACUGUUCGCGUGACGAUAUCAGGUCCAGAGGACGACCACGACCCUGCAAUUUUGCACCAUAUCACGACUUUAUGCAAAGUCAUUAGGCAACCCCCGCAUCCAUUUGUGGUAUUUUGCCUUAAUGAUACGGGGUUCCUGAAAUCACGCCCGUCCUUGAAAGGGACUGCUGCUGAAUACGUUCAGCACUCUUUGUCCCUCGAGGCCCUUCUUCCGCACUUCGAGGCCAGACUCCCCAUAACAGAAGUGUACGGACUCGCCAUCACCUUGAUAGCGUCGAUUUUUCAACUCAGCCAUACUCCAUGGCUUGAAACGAAAUGGAGUAAGAGGAACAUCGUAUUCGCAAGAGCAAACAGUAACACGCCAUUAACUGUCGACCUAAGAUAUCCUUCCUUAGUGAAGGAAUAUCAUCGCGGAGUUGGACCGCGACGACCCGCCGAUACACCCAUCAACACAACCUGUUCGAACUUGCUUGCCUUAGCGAUUAUGCUGCUUGAAAUUAGUUCCGGACGGCCUGUUGAGCAGAGACUCGGAGAUGAUCAAAUCACUAACAUCUUACCGAACGAUCAAUCGUAUCUCCAACUAGCCGGGGGAUGGUUCAAGGAGGAAAAAUCUCAUGGGAGAUUAUCAAAUGCCUUCUCCCAGGCUAUUUUGACCUGCCUACAAGAAUACCUUAACCCCGAUGCAAAUUUCGAUGAUGAUCAGUACUGCAACGCUUUCAAGGAAAAGGCUCUGUUACCGCUUGAAGAGGAAAUGGACCACCUACUCUUUGGACCUCCGAGGUGA